AGUCAUUAUGACUCACUGAAGAGUAGUUUUUUUUGUCUAACAAAAACUUGUUUAAUUAGUCAAAAUGGGGAUCUCUGCUGUGCUUACUUGUUUAGAGGCUGAUAUUCCACUUGAAAAUAUGCCACUAGUCUUUUUGGGAAUGUGCCUUCUUUUGCUGUUCUUUAUAAAUAUGAAAUGGCAUUUUUUAUAUAUCUGUGAAAUCCAUUCAAAUAAGGAAGAUGAAUAUUAAAUAAACAUUCAUUUUUCAAAAAAAGCAGAGACUGAUGCUGUUCUAUCUUUCAGGAGCAUUUACUUGUAAGCAUUCAUUAGUCAAACUUCCAAGAUGAAACUCUGGUUAGUUGUAGAGUGUUUACAAUAUUUUUCAGUAACAGGAAUUGUCAACUAGCUAGUUUGACCAGUUUCUUAUAGUGUCACUUCCCUUCAGGUCUCAAUUAAUUUCUUAGCCAGCUUUACUGGUGUAUUUUGCUUUUGGAUUGAUUAUUGUUUCAGAGGGGCAAAAGGAGUUUUGCGGCAAUUUAAAGACUAAUUUCUUAUUUUUAUAUUUAUACCCCGCCCUACCCCCAGAAGGCUCCGGGCGGUUUGGUGGCAUUAAGACUAAAAUAAUACAUAAAAAUACAUCUAUAUUCCGGUCUACCCCAGCCAAAGGCGGGGCUGAGGGAGGCUUAUGCUUAGUCAACAUAGAAACCAUAGCCCACUUUACCUCCAAAAGAAAUGGAGCUGUGUCUCCAAAGCUAACAUGACUAACCUUAUUGCAAGGGUUCGCAUGGCUGCUGUGGUACGUGCCUUUAUCCUUCCUGGCAUCUGCCAAGUGUCUUCCAGUUUUAAUGUAUCUAACAUCAGUAUAUCAAAUUUUGUUCAGUUCUCAAAGAUCAUUUGUAUUCCUGUCAAAAUGUGACUGGUAUUGUUCUCUUACUGAAUACAGUGACCAGUUGUCACUGUGCAAAUAAUGGUGGUGGAAAGUGCUAUCAAGUCACAACUGAAAUGGCAAUCCUGUCGGGUUUUCAGGGAAAGGCACCUUUGGAGGUGGGCUGCCGUUGCCUGCCUCUGUGUGGAAUGAGAGAGUUUUGAGAACCGUGAUUGCCCCAGCAGGCUUCAUGUGGAGGACUGGGGAAUUAGUCCUGGUUCUCCAGGUAAGAGACUGAUGCUCUUACCCUGUACCCACACUAGUUCUAAUGCUGCAGGUUAAAAGUGAGACAAAAGCUCAUGUAAAGGGAAAGCCAGGAGACAUGUUUUUCCUUUUCAUAUAAGCACGUUAGAUAUCAAGUGAGAGUUUCUUAGCUGGCUCAAGAUGUGCAUAUACAGUAUUUUUGAACAGCGUGUUAAUUUUAAAAGGAAUUAUGUUGAACAGGACUUCUGCCUGUAAUGUUGAAGGCCUAUUAUAAUUCCUUGCCAUUUUGUGGUUGGCUGUGCCCACUGUGCCAGAAUUUCAAGUAUGUCCACAGGCCAAAACCCUGGGAGACCCUUGCCCUUGUGGGAACAAUUUUGUAAGGUAGACAUUGGAGCAUUGGCUAAACUUUGGGCUGAUGUUCUUAUUGUCAAGAGAGUUAAAAUGGUGAAAUUGUUGUAAUAGUUGUGGUUUAAUUAGUUAAAGUAUAUCUUGUUUGAAUUUUAUUUUCUGCCCCACCUCUGCCUCUCUGGGAAUCUUUUCUUUUUAGAAAACAGUUCCUGGUGUAAAACAGAAGACAUGACUUAUGCAAGCAACUUAGGAAAUUGAGACUUACCUCUGUAAUUGUACCUGCAGCUACUUUUGUUUGUGCAAGCAUCUAAUAAUAAGCAUGUGUUUCUGCAGCAUCUAAUCCAGUGUCCUGUCUUAUGUAGAUCACCAAUUGCUACCUAUGCGCUGUUUUAGAAAGGUCACUGGUGGGCUGAAUCAGUAUGGGAGAGAUGAUAGCAUGCCUUAUGCUGCUUCCAGAAUGCAAAAUCAAAUCUAUUUGUAAUUUAAAGUAUUAUUGGAGCAAGUUGAUUAUUAAGUAGUAAUGUGGGUUUUCCAGAAAAAACUUGAAUGGGAGAAUUUUCAUACAUCUUAAACAGCGAGUGGUCUUCUGGGCAUUGUGGGUUUUCUGAGUUGUAUGGUUGUGGUCUGGUAGUUUUAGCUCCUGACAUUAUGCUCACAUCUGUGACUGUUACUUUCAGAGAUGUGUCACUGUAAGGUGCAUUUCUCUCCACAGCACACAGCCUAGAAAACUGACAACAGCCAGUUGAUUCUGGCCAUGCAAGCCUUUGAUUCAGAAUGUUAUCUUAUCUAGCAAGUUGUCUUUGAAUUAGAUUUAGUAAACACAUUUUCAAAAGUACUCAUUAAUUUUAUGCCCUAUAACGUUCCUUCAGUAAAUACAUAUACUUGUAAUUGGUGGCGUGGCUUGAAUUGUAUGGCUUGAAUUUUCAAGCAAGCUCAAAGCUUUGAGUAUGAAAAUAAUUUUUAUUGGAAUGGUACUUGUAAGAAUGAAAAUAUAAAGACAUUAUUAUGACAUAACAGCAGAAGCUCUGAGAAUUGUUGGCACACUGGUUUUUGAACAUCCAAAGAACUGAAGCAUGAUAUACUGUGGAUGUGGCUUCCCAUUCAUCUGUUUCAAGAAACUCUCUUACCUGGAGGUAACUGGAGAGCCAGCAUGGUGUCAGACCAGGUUAAGGUGUCAGACCAGGAACUGGGAAACCCAGGUUUGAAUCUGCCAUGGAAUCUGGCUGGGUGACCUUGGGCCAGUCACACACACUCAGCCUUGAACCAGGGACGUGGUGUGGGGGCCAGCAACGGCAAACAGCUUCCCAGUGUCUCUUCCCUAGAAAACCCCCAAGACAGCUGUGACCUGGUGGCAGAAAAAAACAAGCCUGGAGGUCAGUGGGGUAGCAGCACCAGGUACACACACUCUGUAGCAUCGUUUGCAUUACUUGUUAAGUCCCAUAUCAGACUGUGAUGGUGACAUCUCUUCCAGCAGGAUUCAUAUGGGCUGACGAUUAGUUGACUACUAUAAUGGAAAGAUCAUGGAUUCUUUGGACUUUCAUUGAAAAGUGGCUGCUAGCAAUAGCAUCGUGGUCCUGGGGUCUCUGCCGUAUUUCUCUCUUGCCCCUGUUAGUAACGUUUCACUUAUAUGGAGGCAUGAUAUUACCUCUCUUAAUAUUUUUGUCUAUUGCGGGUAUACUGUAUAAGUUCCAAGAUGUGCUGCUUUACUUCCCUGAGCAGCCUUCCUCCUCGCGGCUUUAUGUCCCCAUGCCAACUGGCAUCCCGCAUGAAAGCAUCUUUAUCCGAACCAAAGACGGCGUGCUGCUCAAUCUGAUUCUUCUUCGGUUCACGGGGGACAAUUCCACCUUUUCACCUACUGUUAUUUACUUUCAUGGGAAUGCGGGAAACAUCGGUCACAGAUUGCCAAAUGCUUUGCUGAUGCUGGUGAACCUGAAAAUAAACUUGCUGCUGGUUGACUAUCGCGGCUAUGGGAAAAGCGAAGGGGACGCAAAUGAAGAAGGGAUCUACUUAGAUUCUGAGGCCGUUCUGGACUACAUCAUGACUAGAUCUGACCUUGAUAAGACAAAGAUCUUUCUCUUUGGCCGUUCCUUGGGGGGAGCCGUUGCCAUUCACUUGGCAUCUCAGAAUCCUCACAGGAUUUCUGCCAUCAUGGUGGAGAACACAUUCCUCAGCAUCCCACACAUGGCCAGCACUCUCUUUUCCUUCUUCCCAAUGAGAUACCUUCCUCUUUGGUGCUAUAAGAACAAGUUCCUCUCCUACCGAAAAAUCUCUCAGUGCAGGAUGCCUUCCCUGUUCAUCUCUGGGCUCUCUGAUCAGCUGAUCCCUCCAGUUAUGAUGAAGCAGCUUUAUGAACUUUCCCCUGCCCGGACUAAAAGAUUGGCCAUAUUUCCAGAUGGCACUCAUAAUGACACUUGGCAGUGCCAGGGCUAUUUCACGGCACUUGAACAAUUUAUCAAGGAAGUGAUGAAGAGUCACUCUCCUGAAGAAAUGGCAAAAAUGCCAUCUAAUGUGACGAUCAUAUAACUGCGAUUCCAGUCUGUCAUUCUGGGGGAACCUGCACUGCUUUCUGUACCUGGGUUUGUGCAGAGUGGUGAAGGGGGUCCAUUUUAAAGUGUGCGUUGUGUCUCUAUCUCAAGAGUGAAAUUAAACAUGGAGAGGUCUAAUAGCGUAUGACACAAGUAGUUUUUACAUUCAACCGUAAAUGAAGGAACACAGUCUGCUUUUGGUCAAGCUAGCCUUCUGUUUCUUAGAUCCAGCCGCAUUAAUAAAUGUGUUGUUUAGCUUUAUGUUACAUUGGUUAUAACAGAAGGACAAUGUUCAGUAUGCAAACAAAGCUCAGAGCAAGUUCAGUGUGUGCUUUGGCUCUGUGAAGCAAAACACGUGCUGCAGCUCCUGCUCUUCUGGUUGUGUGUGUAUAGUGAACCCCUGCAUUCUUUGUGCGACACAUGACUGAUACUUUUCAGUCAGGCUUAAUACUGUAAAUAACAUCAGUAUAUAUAUUCUCCAACAUCAUUCCCUCUAAGAGCAAACUUGAUGGCUGUGUGCCUGUCUUGAAGACAGUGAAAUGGGGCAGGCACAUGGCGGCAGAGGAGCCAAUUAAAUGCUGCUUUAUAAAUUAAAAGGGCAUUCCCCCCACCUUUUAUGAUUGAACUCCCCAUUACUUUUGCAAUUUUGAGAGUAGGGGAAGGACAGGGAAUUCUGGAAAAUUAGCCUGUGGAAGUGCCCAUUAAGAAGGGGUGUGUGUAGGAGUUUUAAUUGCACCUUUCCAUCAGCCCUGAAUCUGUUAAACUUUUUGAGGCUCUGACCGCUUUAAAGCUAAAAGACCCCCUGCCUUCUGAUAUGAAAAUUACUCCCUAGAGCAGCUGACUGAAAUGAAAAUCUAACAUAAAUGACAAAAUGUUCCUCAGGGAGUCGAAAGGCGCAUCUGAUCCUAAAAAUUGCAUACACCAAUACUUAUACAUCCAAGGGAAAGAGAACCCCCCAAGUUGGUUCUGUCCUUGAACCAAGUAGACUGCCAAGUAGGAAUCCCAACAAGAUGAGGCAUGCCCAGUUCCAUUUCCUCUGACCCGUCUCCUACUGGCCUCAUCUUGUUGGGAUUCCUUCUUGGCAGUCUGGACUCUGGUUCAAUCACGCUGCAUUGCCUUGUUUCAGAGUACAAUGAGCAGGCAUCUAUUCAUCCAGGUCGUGAGCCACUGGGCUUAUGUGUGUACAGCGGGCAUUUUCCAGUUGAUCAUUUUUUCCCUCCUGCUAACCUCCAGAUUUUGUGCAGGCAGCCAGCUUUUCAAUGUAGAAUAGCUGUACCUGUGUAGCAUUUGAAUGUGGUCAAAUGGGCAGGGGAGGGGAUGGAAAUUGUUUCAGUGUUCUUCCAUCUGAUACCCAUUUGCUUGCCUUCUGCUUGGAGGAGCUCCUGUUUCUCAUGUGCUCUGCUUGUGCCCCUCCACCCACAAUGGAGGUCCUGUCACAGAUCAGCCCUAUUAAAAGAUUUUUGUUGUACAUAAAGGACAAGAGAGGGUUGUUUCAGUUACCUUCAAAUGGGUAUCAAAGCUUUUAAAUCUUGUCUAUUCCAGAUACCUCUGCCUUUGCUAUGCAAACUCUGUGUGUGUGUGGAGCUACUGGAAUAAAUGGUGCACAAGCA